CACUGUGCAAAAACAUCUCAGAGCUCCAGGCCAUUGGAACAUUGCCGACCAUGUCGAGCUCUUCUUCAUGAGGGGCUGGGGUUUCACGAUCGCGGUGCCUCCCUUGCUCGGCUGCAUUGCACGAGUUUUUAUUUUAUUUUAUUUUAUUUUUCCUUCAGUAUGCUGGUGCAGUUGGCUUCAGAACACAGGCUCUGUGAUUGCUCACAUGAGAGCAAUACUCUGAUAUUCUUUAUCUGUUCGUCGCAAGUUACGGGGCAGAGUUUGCACGUGGGGUUUAAGAGCGCGAAAGAGUGGUUUUAGAAGCGGGGAAGGCAUUUGCUAGUGUACAUGAUAUGAGUACAAUUGAGCGAGGCCGUAUUGAAUUGGAGUGCGAGCUUUGGAGGGUUCAGUAGAGAAGAAUUGUGUAACUUCGUCCCUCUUGUUCUCAGAGUAGUGCAACUGCCCUAAAUCGUCGACUAAUUCCCACGCUUAAUGUCCGCUUUUACAGUUCGAAUGUGUUUGAGUUCAGCUUGAAUGGUUAACAAGCCGGUUUAGGGUUUUAUCCAUUAGAUGAUGCGCACAGAGCUAUUGGAAAUCGUUUUGCGAUUUGAAACCCUGAGAUUUUCGGUGAGGCCUUUGGAAGGUUCAAUUUAAUUUAGCCUAAUUUAAAACAUCGGCCUAGAUUUGUAUUACUACUUCGGCUAGAAGUAAUGGGGACUACGACGGGUGUAGCAGCACUGGGAGCGCCUGGUGGACCUUUGUUUGUGCCAGGUUUUGUGUCAGGCUGUCUCAGCGUGCAAGAACUUCAUCGAUCCUGGCAUACUCUUAUUACUGCACUUGAAUCGGACUCUCGCGUCAUUGGAGCGGGCGAUGACGACGUUGACGUAUCAGUUGAGGAUUUGAAGGUUGUCACUGACGCGCAGCUGGUUGAGAAAGCUUUAGCAGAGGUGCUUGAUGAUACGAACUCCACGUUGCUCGCCGAUGGAUCACGUGCUGAGACAGGUAGUAAUAUGGCAUUGGAUCAGAGUAAUACCUGUACGCUUUUGGAAAACGAUUUACGACAAGCCUCGACGGAGUUGGCUUUGAACCCAUCAAUUGUCAAUAGAGGUGGUGCACAGGAAGGGCAACCCGAGGAUACGGUGCCAGCUGAAAUGUUAUUGGCGUUGAUGGGUAGCAAUUGCGUCACCGCAAAAGAACCCGAGAAGAAAAAUUCACGGUCGCGGAAAAAGAAUUCAGAGGCUCCGAAACGAAAGAAAGGAAGGCCAUAUGAUCGAAGUCGGGGUGCCUGCGCUGCAAAUGUGGACGAUGCAGCUGUGAGGCGAGAGGAAGCCCUUAUAAGAAUGAAGCAGUGGAGGGAAGUCGAAAGAAGCAAGGCAAACCUACAUGCCUUGCGUUUCAAGCAAGAGCGAGAAGCUGCAGACGAAGAUAACAAGACUCCACUUCGAAGAUGGAGGUUCUUUACUUCUGCUUUGCAUUUUCCUACAAAAGCUCCACCAGACCCAGAUAAGAUGGAAUCUCUAAAACUUGAUGAAAUUAUUUUUGUAGUUGAGUUUUAUCACAAUCAACGAAAACAUGACAAGAUGCAAGAAUUUCUGGUUCUUGGGAGUCAGUUUCUGUCUGCUUUACGGGACCGGCUCUAUUGUCUCACUGAUGAAUUAGCUCGCAAGAGCAAUCUCGACACCAAGUCCAGCUUCUUCUUGAUCGAGGAUGUAUUUUACAACGAUUUGCGAGAUCCAAAUGCCAAAGACUACAGCCAGCCUAUCCUGCAGUGGGCGGCAGAAUCUAGGGAGGCAACAGAACGGUGGAACAAAGACCUUGGAAGUAAUCCACGAGCAGUUAUUCCCGCAAUUCAUUCUGAAACUGGUCAACUUCCUGAUUUUCGUGACUCUUCCAUGGAGUACACUCGUUUCUAUGACUUGCAUUUGCGGGUAGGAGCUCAAUACCUCUACUGCCACCAGGGAGAUUGCAAGCACAAAGUUGUCGUUCGAGACAUAAGACGUGCUCAUGCCAAGGAUGUGCAAGACGUGGCAGCUUAUCCUGUGCUAAAGUGGCAUGCUCGGGUACGGCACCGCAAGUGCAGCAUUUGCAAUAUCUAUCAGGCUCGAAAGGUGACAUACGAGGACAAGCUGGCCCCUGCUUGCCCGACUUUCUUUUGUGAGCAAUGCUAUUAUUUGCUGCACUACAAUAAGGAUGGCUGUCUUCUUUAUAAUGAUUUCAAGGUGUACGACUACUACCACGAGUAAUUGCUGGGGUCAACAGGCAAGCUUGUUAGAUGCUUUGGGUAUAGCAAACAACCGUAUAACAGGCCUCGCACAAUCUUUGCAUAUUAUCGUAUGGUAGCGACCAGGGGAAGAGACAUGAUUUGCUAAACGAAGUAUGUACCCUUGAAGCAGUAGCAACGCGGCAGCGUAGCAAUGCGAACCUAUUAUCAAGGCAUGGCCGUUAACGAUGAUUCAGAUUUUUGUCAAGCGGAAUAGACAGAACUUGUUCCUAGAACCGAGUUAUUCGAGAGAAGAAGCACAGAUCAAAACAAUUUUGAGAACCUAUUUGGGUUUUAUACAUCUGCCAAAGUUUCCUAUAUUAUUUAUGUCACUUGCAGGAUGUAAAACCAUCAACUUCUUAAGGUGUCCAAGCAAUAUGCAAUCACAUUAAAGAUUAUUGUUACGUGUCAGGCUCACGUCAACCAUAUGGACUUUAAAGCAACUGCUGUGUUCAUUCCCUUCCCCGUUACAAUCCAUUGUCUUUGUGGUUUGACACUAGGACCAUCUUCUAGUCACGAAGAAAGCGAUGUAUUAGGCACAUUCGUUCUGCUCAGAAGCUUUGCAGUAAUAUUACGCUGAAUAGGCUCAAGGGUCGAAUUUUACCAGUACCUUCAUGCAAACCAUGACGAAGAAAAUCUAAAGUCACAGUUGUAGGAAAUGUCAGUUGUUUGUAGCCAUUACUGUCUAUAUCUUCACGUCUUUCCAGUGGAAAAGUUCGUCUCUCUUUCUGGGUGGUGUAAUCGCCAGUUUCUACGUGAGUUAGUCUAGCCAGUACGCACGAAGUUCUUGUCUAGUAUGCGCACCCACCAAUUGCUCAUCACAGCAUCUCUGAUGUUUACUCGAGAGUUAGUCAUUUGCACUGAUGUGUUAAGAACAGGUAUCAUCAUUUAUCUUGUGAAUGUGUAAAGCCAACACAUUUUCAUGGUCAUUUUGAUUUCGGGACGUCCCUAUUCCUGGCAAGAUGACCGUUUUUCCUGGGAUGAUAUCCGUAAUGGUUCAUAAAAUACAUCAAAUAAGUAUUAUUUUGAGAUAUUAGAGACAGAUAUGGAGAAUCACUCCAUUAUUUUACACUGCAACAAUAGGAAGGUACGUAUUAUAAUUCUUAAACAGGUUAGGAUUUCUUCAGUAGGGGAAAAUGACAUGACGUGAUUUUAGUUUGAGAUUUUGAAUAUUGUGCCGUAAUUGACAAGGGGGGCACAGAUGGGAUGUUUUGAAGCAUCCCACAGGUUGUCUUGUGGGUUGCCUCCUCAAAGUGCAAUAUUGGUUGUUGACGUCUAUCUUUGAUAAGUACCGUCGCUUUGCUAGGGCCAAAGUGCGGAUGCCGGAUCAACAGUUUAUUGAGCAGUUUGGUGUUCCGCCUCUCAGGCAGGCUAGAAUGACCUAGCUCUAUGUCCAGUCAUCAGUGAGAAGAGAAUCUGGCCGUCAUAGCUAAUCAUAAGCUUCAUUUUUUGAGCUCAA